ACUGUCGUGCUGGGCGGACGUGUUGACGAGUCGCUCCUGAAAGCAACUAGACAUUCUGCUGUAAAUGGCAAACUAAUAUGUUUUAAAUUGAUUAAUUCACAAUUAAUAGAAUUUAAUUCGUGCGCGGCGUUGACCAAACGAACGGUUCUUCCCGCAGCCAACUUAACUCGGUGUGUGUUUACUUUGCCCGGAGUGCGAGAGUGUGUGGAUGUGCGCGAAACGGAAAUAAGAAAUAAACAAGAGCGACAGCAACAACAACAAAAACAACAGCAACAGCAGCGAGAGCAAAGCAACGCAACAAGAAGUGCAAGCAAAAGUGAAAAGGAAGACGAAAAGAGGAAAUGCCAAAGUACAACAACAAAUACACGAACAAAACGCCAGAGUGCAAGUGCAUCGCGUGAGUGUCUUACAGUGUGCGUGUGCGUUUGUGUGCCCGCGUCUGCUUGUGUGUGCGUGCUGCUAAGGCGGCGGCGGAAGUAAAAACGCUUGACUUCGCCUUCUUCUUGUUUAUUUGCUCCGCUUUGCGGCUGGCAUUCGUCGCAGAACGAAGCGAAAACAAAAACAAAAACAGAGAGCCAGGAUUAGCCCCAAAAGCACACAACCACCGCCCACUCGGCGACCCCCUACCAAAAGGAAACAGCAACACAAACAACAAUGGCAACUUGGCGCGACGCCCUCUUCGUCAUCAGCAGAUAACAACAAGAACAACAUCGAAUUAACAGAAACAAAACCAAAAACAAAAAAACAAGAAAGCGAAGCAAAAGCUAAAGCAUUCUGGGAUCUGGACAUAUCCGCUUCCGCGUUGCUUCUGUCGCUAAAAAGCUCAAGAAUCGAAUCCGAAGCCCAACGCAAACAGACGAAAUCACUCACUCACCUUACAGUACGUAACCACAGUGCACAGUGGAGCAAACAGAUAACGCCGCUUAAAAGCAACUCCAGUGGCUUCCACUAACCCACUGAUACGGAUCCGCUGACCAGGACAUUUCCUUACACACUGUGGCUGCAUGUCCAAAAUGAAAAUGCUCCCAGUACAGUUAUCAUUGAACUCGCUGAAUCCCGGCAUCUGGAGCGAUGUGCUGUGGCGCUGUCCUCCGGCGCCGUCCAGCCAGCUGGCGGAGCUUAAGACACAACUGCCCCCAUCCCUGCCUUCCGAUCCGCGCCUCUGGAGCCGCGAGGAUGUGCUUGUCUUCCUGCGGUUCUGCGUCCGCGAAUUCGAUCUCCCCAAACUCGACUUUGAUCUCUUCCAAAUGAACGGCAAGGCGCUGUGCUUGCUGACACGAGCGGACUUCGGUCACAGGUGUCCUGGGGCAGGAGAUGUGCUCCACAAUGUGCUGCAGAUGUUGAUCAUAGAAUCCCACAUGAUGCAGUGGCAUCUGCCCAACAGUCCAGUGACGCCCACCAGUCGUUAUCCCCUGUCGCCGCACAGCCAUCCGCCGACGCCCACGUGGCCACCGCUGAACGCUCCUCCGGAGAACAGUCCCUUCCACAGCUCUGCUCACAGUCUAGCAGGUCACCAUUUUAUGGCGCCGAAUUCGGUUACGCUGAGUCCUCCGCCCUCAGUGGAUUCCCAGGCGAGUAGUCCACCACAGGCACCUUACCAAAAUGGAGGAGCCAAUGGAGGAGCACCAGGAUCAGCAGGAGGACCCGCACCAGCUGCAGGAGGAGCCACAAACACCAGCAAUCCCACAUCGUCGAGUGCCAGCAGCACCGGCAGCAAUGGCUCCCAGCCGAACAUUAUGCCCAUGAAGGGUAUUAGCAGUGCCAGCAGUAAUCACUCUGAUUCCGAUGAGGAGUACUCCGAGACCAGUGGUGGCGUGAGCAAGUUGCCACCAGCACCACUCUCCUACAGCACGGCCAGUCCGCCAGGAACACCCAUACUGAAAGAUAUUAAGCCCAAUUGGACGCAACAGCUCACGAAUAGUUUUGUGAACUCAUGGUCCCAGCAGCAACAACAGCAGCAGCAGCAACAGGCUGCUGCCGUGGCCGCAGUAGCUGCUCAGGCGCAGCAGCACCAGUUGCAGCAGCAGCAGCAACAGCAGCAACAACAAUUGCCCCAGAAGCUGACCCUGGAUAAUACUGCUGGUCCAGUUGUGACCCCUGCUGGAGGAUCCAUCUCCGCACCGACCACGCCCAGUUAUAUGUACAAAGCAAAGAGGGAGUUCUUCCCCGAGAAUUCUGAGCCUAAUACAAAUGGCCGCCUGUUGUGGGACUUUUUGCAACAGCUGCUGAACGAUCGCAACCAGAAGUACAGCGAUCUGAUAGCCUGGAAGUGCCGCGAUACGGGAGUCUUCAAGAUCGUUGAUCCCGCCGGACUGGCAAAGUUGUGGGGCAUCCAGAAGAACCAUCUGUCCAUGAAUUACGACAAGAUGUCGCGUGCCCUGCGUUAUUACUACAGGGUAAACAUACUGCGCAAAGUGCAGGGCGAGCGACAUUGCUAUCAGUUUCUGCGCAAUCCCACGGAGCUGAAGAACAUCAAGAAUAUAUCGCUCUUGCGUCAAUCGACACCGACGAAUGGCAAUGGCGGCAGCCCAUCAAUGCCACAGGGCAGCAGUCAGGCACCUGGAAGUCCUGCUGGCCAGAACUGGAAUACCCAGCAGCAGCAGCAGCAGUCCCAGCAGCAACAACAUCAAUCGCCACCGCGUCCCGCCUCGCGGAAUGGUCCAAUGAGCCUGCCCGCCGUUGCAGCGGUGGCAGCAGCGGCUGCUGCGGCCUACGGUCCACCACCCACUUCGCCGCUCUUCAUGCACGCCAUCAAUGGAGCCUUCCACUACCUUUCGGCGGCGGCAGCUGGUCCGCCACCCAAUUCCCCUGCCCUGAACACCCCAUCCGCUAUUGGAGGACCCGACAAGUUCCAGUUCCACCCCCUAAAAUUGGAGAAUGGCUCGGGAUCGGGUUCGGAAAGCGCUGGCGAGGAUCUGAAGCCCACGGACCUCAGUGUGAGCAGCAAGAGCACUGCUGCCAGCAACGAGGACUGUUAUCCACUCAUUCGCAACGCUGACGGCCUGACGACCAUCAAGUUAAUACGAUACAACGAACACCAGGUGGCCGCUUCGCCAGCGGGGCAGUCCCCCAAGCACGAGGACCAGCAGGGAGGAGCCUCCAAUGCCAGCAGCUCACCCAGGCCCAUGGAUCAGGUCAGCGAGCAAGCACAGCCAGUGCCCAUGGAAAGCGAUUGCAAUGGCGGCGAGUCGGAGGACUCCUUCCGACAUAUGCAGCAGUAGGAGGAGAAGUGUCCUGAGACAAUCACCGCACUACUUCCAUCUUCCACUCCCUCCUGAACACACACAACAUUACCUGAGCUAAAUAAAGUGGGACCAGCACAACAAGCGCACAGGCACAUAGACAGACACUCUGCUGGAUAUAAAUCUGGAUGCCUUUCGGUUAGGAUGGGUCGCUUAGAAUGCAAACGAAACGGAUAACUCAUUUUUGGAGAAUUUGUAGCAAUUUCAUUUCGAAAUUUCAUGGGGAAAUAAGAUUGUAUUUCUUCCUUACACGAAACUUGAUAUUCAAUAUUCAAUUCAUAAUCAAAGGUUCUUCUAAUAACUGCUGUUUUAUACUUUCUUUGCGGGUUUCAAACGACCUGUCCAACUUUCUGUAUAUAGAAAUCACAUCUGCAUAAACAAACACACAAUCAUACAUACAUUUAUUUUA